AUGGAACAAAGAAAAGCAAUCCAUAUUUUUAUAGUGGUAACUAUUAUCUUCCUGAUAUUUGGUAUUCUCUAUUAUAACUAUGGGACAUUUGAAACAGAACUAGAAAAGUAUGGUAUACCUACAAGUGAUAAUAUUAGAAGUAUGGACGAUUUUUUAAUUAGUUAUGAUACUAGAAACAGAAUACCGUACUGGGUACUUGAAGUUAUUAAUUUAAAAAAUUUAAAUCGUUCUCAAGGUAACAAUAGAAAAAAUAAAAAAUUUGUUUCUGACAAAAAUUUUUACAAAACAUUUCAAUCAACAACUAAAGAUUAUUAUAUGUCAGGUUAUGAUAGGGGUCACAUGGCUGCGGCUGGCAAUUAUCUACAUUCAAAUAAAACUAUGCAAAAUACCUUUAUUUUAAGCAAUAUUGCACCUCAAGUGGGAAAAAAUUUUAACCAAGGACUUUGGAGUCAUUUAGAAGAAAAAAUUCGGACAUAUAUAAAAAAAAGUAUUUAUAAAACUGCCCAUAUCCUUACGGGUCCCUUAUUUAUACCAAAAAAGAUUGAACGGGGUAAUAGAACGUUAUACAUAAUGGAGUAUGAAGUACUAAAAGGAAGAGUGGCUGUACCAACACAUUUUUUUAAAGUUAUUAUUUUUUCAAAUGACAAUAAUGUUACAUAUCAAAGUUAUAUUAUGCCUAAUGCAGAAAUAUCAGGAUCUGUAAAUAAAUUUCUAAGUAAUAUAAGUGAUAUCGAAAAUUAUACAGGAUUUAGGAUAUUUCCCAAAAUUGAUUUUAGCAAACUUAAAAUGUUAUUAAAUUAA